AUGCUUAGCAUUGAUGGGGAAAAUGAAAGUAGUUCGCAAUCAGAAGAACUAGUACAAUUGUUUGAUGACGUCUCCGAUGAGGGUCGAUCAUCUCAAUCAAACGAAAACGAGAAUAUCUUACCUAAACCAGAUGACAUUGUGCGAGUAUCCACAGACGAACAUGAGGCAAAUACUACCACUACGUAUCCUGAUUUGAAGGCGCAAAGGGAUAUAAUUGCAGAACUGUUAGAAGGUCAGAAGAGCAGUGAAGGAGAUAUAGUGUAUAUUAUCCCUAAAUUGUGGUAUGAGAAGUUUUGCGAUCCUAAUAUUAUUAAAUCAGAACAACUUGGUCCUAUCAAUACAUCAACAAUAUGUACCGACUAUGAAAAUUUUAUUUUGGUAGAUUAUAACCAAUGUCCGUAUAUGUCUAUUACAGAACCUAUCUUCAAGAAAUUAUAUGAAUGGUAUGGUUUAGCACCAGGAUCAGAGCCAGUUUCUACAUUUUUGGUACAUGAUGAAGAGUCAGACUCAUUAAUAACUGAGUAUAACAGGUGCGUUUUUCGUUUCCAUUAUUUGACAGAGAAUGGAGCACCUUCGCGAGAACACCAUAGAACUCCUAAUAUUUUUACAAGCAGUAGACUGGCAACUAUGAAGGAGAUAGUGUCAAAAACUUUACAGAAAUUUUUUGCAUUGCAUUCCGAAUUGGAUAACAAACAGGCAUCGUUUAGGAUUUGGUAUGUUAAAGAUGUCCAAAGAAAUGACAAUAACGGUGUUUUAGAUACGCAAUAUUAUCUAACUCCUUUGCAGUUUAUGUCUUUACCUGUUUUAACCAGAGUGACACCACAAAUGUUGACAUAUCAGUUAAAAAAUCUGAAUAUAGCUAGUGGUGAUCUUGUAAUCGAGACCGAACAACAUAAUAAGAACUAUCAUUGGCUAUCAAACUAUUUCAUAUAUAAUGAUUUGGUUCCUUCGUUAGAGAUAACAGGAUUAGUCAAUUUAGGAAAUACUUGUUACAUGAAUUCAGCUCUUCAAUGUAUAACCCAUAUUCCAGUUUUUCGAGAGUAUUUUCUGUAUAGUGGGUAUGAAAAAGAACUAAAUACUGAUAACCCACUAGGAUAUCAAGGCCAUGUUGCAGAAGCUUUUAGUGAGUUAAUACGAUGCUUGUUUGGCGAUAAGUUAGUUCAAUUCAGUGCUUAUGCUCCCAACCAUUUCAAAGCAACAAUAGGUCAUUUUAACUCCAUGUUUUCAGGAUACCUACAACAAGAUUCCCAAGAAUUUUUAGCAUUCUUAUUGGACAGUUUACAUGAGGAUCUUAAUAGGAUAGAUAAGAAGCCUUAUGUUGAAAAACCGUCUUUACCUUCAACGGCUGAUUUAAAUGACUUCAGGAUAGUGAAAAAGCUAGCCGACGAUACAUGGAAGGCGCACUUAUUAAGAAACGAUUCAGUUAUUACAGAUCUGUUUGUGGGUCUCUAUAAGUCGACACUAGAAUGUCCUGAAUGUCAAAAUAUCUCAAUUACCUUCGAUCCUUAUAAUGAUCUAACUCUCCCCCUUCCAGUAAAAUCCAUGUGGCACUCUCAUAUAAAGAUAUUCCCUCUAAAUGCUCCACCUUGUAUUUUAGAGGUGGAAUUACCGAAGUCAUCAUCUUACGAAGAGCUGAAGAACUAUGUUGCAACUUGUGCAGAAAUAGAUCCAGCUAACUUAUUUGGUUGUGAAAUAUUUAAUAAUCAGUUUUAUACGAAUUACGAGUCACCAGAGUCAAAUUCAAAAUUUCUACCACUUCAAGAAUUAAUAGCUGAAAAUGAUAAUGUGGUAUUUUACGAAUUAUCCAUUAAUCCUAACGAUAUUGUUGUUCCUGUAUUAAAUACAAAAUUUGAAAAAGAAUCGACACGACCAACAUAUUUUGGUAUUCCUUUUUUCUUAACACUGCAUGAGAAUGAAGUCGCUAACCCUACUUUGAUUCGAUACAAGCUACAACAAAUGUAUUUUCAUCUCAGUGGUGGAUUUAUUCCAUUUCCAUUUACGGAACUUGAUGAAUAUCCUAAUGUUGUUGACUUACCGCUCAUAAAUGAAAAAUAUCCAGGCUUUGAUAUGACGAAGUAUAACGAUAUUGUUAAAUAUAGCGUCUCCAAGGGUUCAAGCUCGGAUAAUUUAUUUACGAUUAAAAUCCAUGACGAAGGUAACAAAAAUCAUUCUACUAAUAAUGAAAGUCAGGUAUGUAUACCGCGAGGACGAAUCAAUUACCAUAAGGCUUUGAAUAUGUCGACCGUCUUAACCCCUAUAGUAAGAGACAUAUACGAGUAUACCUCGUUGGAACCCAAACAGGAUGAUGUAAUAAUGGAUGAUAACAGUAGCAAUAAUGAAGAUUCAGACCAUUGUAAUAAUACAGAAGAGACAAAUAAUGAUGAAGUUGAACAAAGUAAGAAUGAAUGCACAAUGCUUGAUACUGAACAAGCUGAACCAGAAGAGAACCACACGGAUGUUACAUCAGACAAAGAUAUAACACCUGAAGAAAAUCUAGAAAAAGAAGAGAAAGAACUACCUACGAUUAUUGAUAAGAAUACUAUAAUAAUCUGUGAAUGGAAUGAAGAUGGAAUACAAGCGGCAUUUACAGAAGACAAGGUGAUAAAUUGGGAAAAUAUGGCCAUCUUGAAUAAUAAAGAGUUAGAAGAACAAAGGAAGAAGGAUCUUGAAGAGAAGAAUAAAGAAAUUACUUUAAAUGACUGUUUAAAUUUGUUCUCCAAACCCGAAAUUCUCAGUCUCAAUGAUUCCUGGUACUGUCCAACCUGUAAAGAACAUAGACAAGCUACUAAGCAAAUUCAACUAUGGAACGCACCUGACGUUCUAUUGAUACAUCUAAAGAGAUUUGAGAACCAACAAUCAUUCAGUGAUAAAAUUGAUGAUGUUGUUCAAUUCCCAAUCACAGAUUUCGAUAUCUCGGAACAUUUAGUUUAUAAAGAUGACCCUAGAGGCAACGUUUAUGAUUUAAUUGCUGUGGACAAUCAUUAUGGUGGUCUCGGUGGUGGUCAUUAUACAGCCUAUGCUAAGAAUUCAACUGAUGGUAAAUGGUAUUAUUUCGAUGAUUCUCGUGUUACAGAAACCGUGGCGGAAAAUAGUAUUACUGGCGCAGCUUAUUUGCUUUUCUAUUUGCGUCGUUCAUGCCCAGAGUCCUUAAAGAAUAGUAGAUUAGGUGAAAUAGUAAAACAGUCUCGUAUUGAGUAUGACCUUGCCAUCAAGGAGAUACAUGAGAAGCAACGUGUCAUAUAUGAAACCAAUAAAACUGACGACGAAGAAGAAGAAGAUUUGGAAGAUGUUACUGAUGAAGAAAUUGAUGCAGAUACAACAACAAAACGUAGUUCUAGUAAUGGGAAGGAAAAAGAGGGUGUGGACUUGACACGCAAUGAUGGUUCAAGUGGUACAAGAAGAUCGUCUGAUUAUAGUAAUGAAAGUUUAGAAGUUGGUAAAAUGGAGAUAGAUGAUCCAAUUACUGAUGAGACAAAUGCUGGGAGAAAGAAAUUGAGGUUAAUUAAAAAGGUUUAUUCCACUCCAUCAGCUUCUCUAUCUCCUACUACUUCGACUACGUCUUCUGAUGAUACGGAGGAUAAAACGCUUGAGAAGGAUUCUGUAUAA